AUGCUUCAUUCCGGCAUAACGCAAUUUUUGUCCAAUUAUAAUAAUCUUUUUCACUUUACACAUCAAACCACCAACCAAAAACUAAAAAUGGGAGCUGAAAAAGUAACCAUGAACAUCGUCGUUGUCGGUCAAGUCCAAUCUGCCAAGGCCAUCAAAUCGAUCGCCAAAGCCACUCCAGCCACCAGCCAAUUGAUGAAUUGUUAA